AUGAUAGUUCUUGGAGUCAUAGAUCUUGACCUUGCGUUAAGCCUUCCUUCUCCUGCACCUCUUACGGAUAAAAGUUUCACUGAUGAGAAAAGAGACAUGAAGAGGUGGAAGAAGUCAAAUCGCAUGUGUAUGAUGAUCAUGAAGAGGGCCAUUCCAGAAGCAUUUAGGGGCACUAUGUCUGAGAAGAUAACUACUGCUAAAGAAUUCAUUGAGGACAUUGAGAAAAUAUUUGCUAAGAAUGAAAAGGCUGAAACUAGUACACUUUUGACAAAUCUUAUCUCAAUAAUAUACAAGGGGAAAGGGAACUUUAUAGAGUACAUCAUGGAGAUGUAUCAUACUGCUUCAAACCUGAAAGCACUUAAGCUUGAACUCUCUGAGGACUUGCUUGUGCAUUUGGUUUUUAUCUCUCUUCCCACGUAA